AUGGAGAAUUACGAUCUACUUAUUGUUGCCGAUGCGACGGAAUCAAUGCACGAUUACCUUAAGGCAUUGAAUACCUCCCUGCCCCAAAUAAUAUCUAUCUCUGCUCUAACCGGCUGUUUUUCGCGGCUCGGCGUGAUCGCCUAUCGUGACUAUGAUUCCAAGGGACUGGUUAGUUUCUCAGGUUGGCUCGAGUUGUCUUUAGCAAAAGAGUCCACAAAACAACCAGAUGUUGUCACCUUCACAAAGUCGCUUAAAGCAAAACAAGGCGGGGACUAUCCAGAAGCCGCAAAAACAGCCCUGGCCAAGGCCUACACAGUAAUGCGACCGGAAGCGAAGACAAUCAUCCUUCUCUACACGGAUGCUCCGCCGCAUGGAACCAUUCCCAUAACAGAUUGGUCCAUGAACUGCGAGGCGGAAAUAAAGGCCCUUUCAAAUCCUGGCUCAUAUGACGGCUUUGGUCCUUCAUUCCUGGAUUGGGUGUCAGCGGCGAAAACACUGGCGAGUGGGGAGAAACAGGCACAGGUGUUUGCGCUGCUAGAGUGUGACAUCUUCCCACAUUGUGGCACUUACUACAACUUCCUCUGUGCGAUGACGGGCGGAGCAUGCAUCCGGUUGGAAGAUUCUAAGCCCGAGUCAAUAUCCAAGUUGACUAUUGAGCUGCUGCUAGCUUGGAUGGGGGUGGAGAAGCCCAGUUUGGACAAUGUCGAUAUCCAGCUGUCCGGAUGCUGGUCCACUUAUGUCUCGACGGAAGGGAUGAGCAAUCUCAGUAGUGAAAUGGACCCCGAAACAGAGAGGUUCUUCCCUAUGCCUUACACCCGUGACACGCCAGUGCUAGAGAACAUUGCCGAAGUCGCGCUUAGCACUAGUGUGCUAAAAACCCUGCCCAGGAAGCCGACUCCUGCCGAAAGCCCAAUCAUGCGUUGGGGUACUGACCCCCGAUAUAGGGACUUUGCGUCAAAACAUUUGAUGCAGAUCAUAACGAAGGAUAUAUGUGCCAUCGCUAUCAACCCGGUUUUUGGGGCUCUGUGGCGGGCUAUCUGCAAGGACAGAACAUACGCUGGACGGAACGACCUGGUCAAUGCGUUCAGUAAAGCUGUUGGCGAUAUUUGUGACCAAGAAGAGAAGACCGCGAUGCAAAGGUGGCUGGAUGAGUCGUAUAAUUCCUCGGUAGAGAUACAAGGGAUCAUAGACAACGUAUCGGAAGCAGACCGGUUCCCUUGCAUAUUUCUCGAUCCGACAAUGAGAUUCGCAAGUGACGCUGCAAACGGCGAGAGUAUCGAAGGCCUGAGCAGAGGCGAGCUCCUCGAAAUUUCCAGGUCCUGCGAUCCCCGGAUUCUGCGCCGACUGGGCCGCGUACUCACCCGACUGACGUAUGUGGAGGACAUUGUAGACAUGCCUGAACAUAUCACACAGUCGAGAACGGACCAAGUACGAUUAAUCCCACUUGCGUUGGUAACAGAGAAGUAUAACCAUCAGUUCUGGAAAGUCAUGCUCCAUACUCUAGUCUCCGGCACAGAGUUGACUGCCAGGGCUGCCGCGCUCCUCGCCGCGCUUAGCAUCCGGAUGGGCGUUACCUUUCUCGCUGCAGCUGCAGAGUCCGAGAUGCUGAGGUACAAGGAUAGCUGGAACAACGUUGAAGUGUCGGAAACCUGGGCAAUCAGUUGCUUAAGACUGUUGCUGGAUGCUGACCGGACGUACCGAAAGACUCGUACGGAACCAGAAAAGCCAGCAGGGCUGCUGUGGGAGUCUGACGUGGCUUUUUUCGAACGGCUGUUAGACUUCAAGGCCCUCGAGCAUAACCUCGACACCCCAUUGACUGCUCGAAUCCCAUGGACACCUGAAAAGGCAGUUUACCCUAUUGGACCCCUGAUGACUUGUCAACUGUGCCAAUAUCCUCGCUCCGUUACCAUAAUGGGCCCUGGCGCCAAGUGUGGUGUUUGUUUAGGGCAGGAUUAUACGGAGCCAGACAAGGCUCGUAUCAAAAUAGGAGCCUCGCAUGGCACAACCUCGACGUCAGAUGCCACGUGGGUUGAAUGCAAUGUACCUUCAUGCAGGGCUCAGUAUACUGUCUACAACGUCGAAGCGCUUCGGGUUCGUCCGAAAUGUCACUACUGCCGACGGUUGGCCGUGCAGAAGGCCGGGGACAAGAGUCUUGUAGCACCCUUGGUUGAGUGCAGCAUAUGUACCAGCCGCAUGAUCUGGCCAGAAGAAUACCAACCAGAAUCAUUUGACGCGUCGUUGUUCGUCUGUCCCGCGUGUGAGUCUGGGCGGAAGACAACCAUUGAGUUAUUAGUAUCGGCAAAAGCCCUUUCAAUUGAGAACGGCACGUCAUGGCUGGCAAAAGACUCGAAGAGGCCUGAUGAAUCUCCGUUCACCAACCGGUCAGUGUAUCACACGGUAUCAACGAUGGGAACCGAUGAGUUCAUGAGCCGCAUCACAAUAUUUCCUCAUCGCGAGGUCCCGCUAACACAGCGAGGAAAAGUAAUUCUAAAUACCAAUGAGCUAAUAACGACCCUCAAGGAGCUUGUUGCCAGUGGGGAGGCGAAAAAGGUGGACUGCACUCUCUGUUUCUCGUCAUUCUGGCCGUCCGCCCUGGUCCCAGCUUGCGGUCGCCGUGGAUGUCUUCAGCGCAUCUGCACCACCUGCAUGGCGUCCUGGUAUGGAGGCAACGCAUCAGGGUCGAUUAUAAACACCGCUGCCCUUGUAUGCCCGUUCUGUCGGCGCCUCCCGGUUCCAACCACCUUGACUAAAUAUGGUAGAGGGAUCCACGCGGUUAAAGACCUGAAUCGGGCGAUCGAGAAUCAAGGAAUGUGGAUCUACGCAUGGUGUUCGGUCUGUUCUACUGCACAGGAAUUCAUGGCUCGAGACUGCGCCCGCGGCAUGCCGCCAGAACUUCAGGACUGGCAGUGCGAGAGCUGUCUAGCGGAGCUGCAGAGCGUCGAUGCCGAUGAAGAUGCUGACGCUACCCGCAUUAGCAAGAUCAAGCCGUGUCCCAAGUGUGGGACAAUGACAGAGAAGAUAUCCGGGUGUGGACAUAUUACUUGCCCGGUGGAGGGCUGCGGCAUCGACUGGUGUUAUUUCUGUGGGAAGGAGGUCGCAAAUGGUAUCUACGACCAUAUGAGGAAAGCUCAUGGCGGGAUAUACGGGGAGGAGUUUGAAGAUUGAUGAUUGAAUUUGUUUUAUGAUGUACUGAUCGCUUUACAGCUUUU